CUUUAAUCAUGGCGUUUUUCUCUUUCGCAGAAUUAAGAAAUACUUUAAUCUUCCACCUUUGUUGUUCUUUGCCUCUUCCCUUGUCGAUUCCGCGCAGCCGCAAUGGAAAUAGGAACCACCCACCUCACAGCUGACGCUUGCAAGCCUAAGCCGACAGCUGAUUCUGAAUGCUACUGCCCACAUGAAACUAUCCUUCGUCUUAUUAGCUGCUCUUAUUGUACCGGCCUAAGCGGGGAUUAAUAUUGACGCAGGAGAGCAGCGGUCGUAGUCUCCGAGCUGCAGUUGUAGCGGUGGAGUUUACGGCCCUGCGAACGCCAAAAUUGACAGCGGAGAUGGUGGAAAUUGCUGGCAGUAGACUGUGUGUGGUUCACGAAGCGUAAUCACCAGAGUUCCUGGAUGAAAGCAGGAGAAGAUUGAUGGUGGGAAGUUGGGGGAAGUGAAAGCCCAGGGGUUUUAGAGAAGUCGAAGAGGGUUAUUUGAGGUCUGACGUGGAUGAUGUGGAUUUAAGGGAAGGCUGAUGUGGCAGGAGUUCAGAUCUGAAUGUCCUUUCAAAGAUAAGACGUAUAUAUACCUGUGGAGCCAGCCAUCAUGCUAAGAACUGCAUAACUUUCAGACACCCUCUGAAGCGUUCUGAAAACUUUUCAGGAUUUCGGAAAGCUUCACUUCCAUGGUUAUUGUUAGUUGCAGAAUGUUCCUGUUGCCAGCCAUUUUCCUGUGUUUGGUCGUGCCAAGAAUUUAAUUGUGUUUCAUGUUAACAGUGGAAUCGCACUUUGGACGAGUUGGAGUUCCUGAGGAUUGUUAAAGAGGGGCGUUGGAGUGUACUUGCUGGAUCAUUUUGUGAACUGAAACGUCCACCGUUCUUUGGCAUUAGAAUUCUGGGUUAUUUGCUAAGAUGGCUUCCUGGCAGCCGCUGGUUUGGUUUUGUAAACCAGUGGCCAAUGGAUUAUGGGCAAAAGAACUGGACACUGCCUUUGGAGCUUACACCCCUUGUGCGAUUGAUUCUCUAGUGAUUUGUACAUCAUAUUUGACACUGUUCGGUCUAUGCAUCUACCGAAUGUGGUUGAUUAAGGAUACGAAAAUUCAGAAGUACUGUCUAAGGACAAAGUACUACAACUACAUACUGGGGUCGUUUGCUGCUUAUUGUACAGCUGAACCUAUAUUCAGGCUGGUGAUGGAUAUUUCAACCUUUAAAAUGGAGGGAGAGACUGGUCUGGCUCCCUUUGAGAUGUUUUCUUUGGUCACUGUGGCCCUCUCCUGGUGCUCCAUGCUUUUUAUGAUCAGCUUGGAAAUUAAAAUAUAUAUCUUUGAAUUCCGAUGGUACGUGAGAUUUGGAGCCAUUUAUGUGUUGACAGCGGAAUGUGUAGUGCUCAAUCUCAUUCUGGCAGCGAGUGAUUACAUCACCAGAUUGGCCUUCUACAUAUAUGUGGGCACAUUUAUCUGCAAGGUUUUAUUUGGAAUUCUUCUUUUCAUUCAUGUGCCCACAAUGGAUCCAUAUCCUGCUUAUGUCAUGUUGGAACCCAAGCCCCAUGACAAUGUUGGGUAUGAGGCCCUCCCUGGGGAAGAGAAAAUAUGUCCUGAGAGGCACGUGAAUAUCUUUUCCUGGAUGUAUUUUGGAUGGAUGACCCCACUUAUGCGGCAAGGCUUCAAGAAACCCAUCAAUGAAAAGGAUGUCUGGAAGUUAGAUGCAUGGGAUCAGACUGAAACGCUGAUUAUUAAGUUCCUGAAGUGCUGGGGUGAAGAAUCUAAAAAGCAGAACCCAUGGUUGUUAAGAGCUCUAAAUAAUAGCCUUGGUGGAAGGUUUUGGCUGGCGGGACUCUUUAAGAUCGGCAAUGAUCUUUCUCAAUUUGUGGGUCCUGUUAUCAUGAACCAUCUUUUACAGUCAAUGCAACGUGGGGAUCCUGCUUGGAUUGGUUAUGCAUAUGCUUUCUCGAUUUUUGUUGGUGUGUCGUUCGGGGUGCUCUCUGAAUCCCAAUACUUUCAGAAUGUGAUGCGGGUUGGUUUUCGCCUGAGAUCAACAUUGGUGGCUGCCAUAUUCCGAAAAUCCUUGAGACUAACUCACGAGGCCCGCAAGAACUUUCCGAGCGGGAAGAUCACAAAUAUGAUCACUACAGAUGCCAACGCAAUCCAGCUAAUAUGCCAACAACUUCAUAAUCUGUGGUCGGCGCCAUUCACAAUCACCUUGUCUAUGGUCCUUCUCUACCAGCAAUUGGGUGUUGCUUCUCUCCUUGGAUCGUUACUCCUCGUUCUCAUGAUUCCUGUACAGACAGUUGUGAUCAGCAAAAUGAGAAAACUAACCAAGGAAGGGUUGCAAAGGACAGAUAGGAGAGUCAGCCUCAUGAAUGAAAUCCUUGCAGCAAUGGAGACUGUGAAAUGUUAUGCUUGGGAGAGAAGCUUUCAGAAUAGAGUUCAAGGCGUACGGAAUGAUGAGCUGUUAUGGUUUCGUGGCGCCCAGUUGCUUGCUGCUUUCAAUACUUUUCUGCUCAACAGCAUACCAGUUGUUGUGACAUUGGUUUCAUUUGGAACUUUCACUUUACUCGGUGGAGAUUUGACACCUGCGAGGGCAUUUACAUCACUCUCUCUGUUUCAAUUGCUACGGUCUCCUUUGAACAUGCUUCCUAACUUAUUAAGCCAGGCUGUAACUGCAAAUGUUUCCAUCCAACGUCUGGAGGAACUAUUUAUGGCUGAGGAGAGAACUCUGGCGUUGAAUCCACCACUUGAACCAGGACUUCCAGCCAUCUCUAUCAGAGAUGGAUACUUUUCGUGGGAGUCAAAGGCAGUGAAGCCUACAUUGUCGAAUAUCAAUCUAGAUGUAUCAGCUGGAAGCUUAGUAGCGAUUGUUGGUGGGACUGGAGAAGGAAAGACUUCACUUGUCUCAGCAAUGAUUGGAGAACUGCCUGCUGUAGCAGAUACUAGUGUUGCAAUUAGAGGAACUGUUGCUUAUGUCCCUCAAGUUUCUUGGAUUUUCAAUGCUACUUUGCGUGACAACAUAUUGUUCGGAUCUGCAUAUGAACCUAAACGAUACUGGAGAACAAUUGAUGUGACUGCAUUACACCAUGAUCUCGACAUACUUCCUGGCCACGAUCUCACAGAGAUAGGAGAAAGAGGAGUGAAUAUCAGUGGUGGUCAAAAGCAAAGGGUAUCAAUGGCAAGAGCCAUCUACUCCAAUUCAGAUGUAUACAUAUUUGAUGACCCUUUGAGUGCCCUAGAUGCUCAUGUUGGUCACCAGGUAUUCAACAGAUGCAUCAAGGAAGAGUUGCAAGGCAAAACUAGGGUUCUUGUGACGAACCAGCUACAUUUCCUUCCUCAAGUGGAUAAGAUCAUUGUUGUAAGCGAAGGAACUGUGAAGGAGGAAGGGACCUUUGAGGAGCUCUCUAGAAGUGGCACGUUAUUCCAAAAGCUGUUGGAAAAUGCUGGGAAGACGGAAGGAAUGCAAGAAAAGGAGGUGGAGGAAGAAGAAUGGGAUAGCUCAAAUGCUGAGCAUGGAAGGUCGAAACCCACGACCAAUGGAGUGCACAAGUUGACACAAAAUACAGCAGGCCAUAAUAAUAAGAGAAAGAAAAGAGGGGAGUCCAUGCUCAUCAAGCAAGAGGAAAGGGAGACAGGCAUUGUCAGUUGGAAAGUCUUGAACAGGUACAUAAAUGCAUUAGGAGGCACACUGGUGAUCAUGGUACUGUUCACUUGCUACACAUUGACUGAAGUUCUUCGGAUUUCAAGCAGUCAAUGGUUAAGCAUUUGGACGAAUCACAGCAGUUCUGGAAGUUAUAAUCUCCCAUUCUUCCUCUCCAUUUAUGCGCUCCUGUCACUGGGUCAGGUAAGUGUUACACUGGGAAACUCUUAUUGGGUGAUCACUUCAAGCCUACAUGCAGCAAAAAGACUCCAUGAUUCCAUGCUAGAUAGCCUCUUACGAGCUCCAAUGCUGUUCUUCCACACCAAUCCACUAGGAAGAGUGAUUAACAGGUUUGCAAAGGAUCUUGGGGAAAUCGAUCGCUUUGUUGCCGGUGUUGCCAACAUGUUUCUGAAACAAGUCUGGCAGCUCCUUUCCACAUUUGCCUUAAUAGGCAUCCUGAGCACUCUCUCGUUGUGGGCCAUAAUGCCGCUACUUAUCUUGUUUUGUUUAGCCUGUCUAUACUACCAGACCACAUCCCGUGAAGUGAAACGCCUGGAUUCCAUCACCAGAUCGCCAGUAUAUGCACAAUUCGGAGAAGCAUUAAAUGGGCUGUCCAGCAUUCGUGCGUACAAGGCCUACGACCGGAUCGUGGCCAUCAACGACAAAAUGAUGGACAACAAUAUCAGAUUCACCCUCGUGAGCAUCAGCUCUAAUGGCUGGCUCGCCAUAAGACUGGAAAUACUUGGGGGAGUCAUGGUCUGGUUGAUAGCCACAUUCACAGUCUUGGGGAAUCAAAAGGCUGAGAACAGGGUAGCAUUCGCUUCUACCAUGGGUCUAUUGCUGACCUACACCCUGAACAUCAGCAGUGUGUUGAGCGGAGUUCUGAGACAGGCGAGUAGAGCUGAGAGUAGCUUCAAUGCUGUCGAGCGCGUGGGCGUGUACAUGGAGUUGCCUUCAGAGGCUCCGGCAGUUAUCGAGAGCAAUCGUCCGCCACCUGGCUGGCCUUCUUCAGGUUCAGUCGAGUUCUUGGAUGUUGUCCUGCGUUACAGACCAGAACUUCCGCCGGUGUUGCAUGGAUUGUCGUUCGUGGUUGCUCCGAAUGAGAAGCUGGGCGUGGUUGGAAGAACUGGAGCAGGGAAAUCCAGUAUGUUGAAUGCUUUGUUCAGAAUUGUGGAGGUUGAGAGGGGACAGAUCAUGAUUGAUGGGUGUGAUGUUGGGAAAAUUGGACUCAUGAAUCUAAGGGAAGUUCUUACUAUCAUACCACAAGCACCUGUCCUUUUUUCUGGAACUGUGAGACUCAAUCUGGAUCCAUUUAGUGAACAUAAUGAUGCGGACCUCUGGGAGGCACUGGGAAGGGCACAUCUAAGGAAUGUCAUAAGGAGCAAUCCUCUUGGUCUGGAUGCUGAGGUUCUGGAGGGAGGAGAGAACUUCAGUGUUGGACAGAGACAACUAUUGAGUCUUGCUCGAGCAUUGCUGCGAAGGUCUAAGAUACUUGUACUUGAUGAAGCAACUGCUGCUGUUGAUGUGAGAACUGAUGCUCUCAUACAGAAAACAAUCAGAGAAGAGUUCAAGUCUCGCACAAUGCUUGUGAUUGCUCACAGACUUAAUACGAUAAUAGAUUGUGACCGCAUUCUCGUGCUUGAUGAUGGUCGGGUAAAAGAGCAUGCUAGUCCGCAAGAGCUGCUGUCAAAUGAAGAAAGUGCAUUCUACAAGAUGGUCCAGAGUACUGGAUCAGCAAAUGCUCAAUACUUGCUCAACUUGGUGUUUGACGACCAAAGAGAGCAAGGUUAAGGGGGGAAUAAAAAGACCUAAGAACCUUGAUGGGCAGAGGAAAUGGUUUACUUCCCCGAGAUGGAUAACUGCUGUUCAGUUUGCAUUAGCUGUUAGUUUCCACUUCUUCCACCAAUUAUCUUCAAAGUUCGGUUCUUGGAAGUGGCAACGGCGUUCUCAGGAGAGCAACGGAUGCUGUCUUUACCCUUCAGGGAGUUCUGCAGCCUCCAUGGUAAGCAUCGCCAAGUGAUUAGAUGACACUCUCCGGCAGCCUGAUGUCUGCAUAGAAAGAUGCUGGUCGGCUCUACAGAAUAGUUGAAGGUUACAGAUUGUAUUCUGCUCAUACAACAUUAGGGUCAGAACGCAGAAUGGUAUAGCGGUGAUGAGCAGGCUGGGUAAGAACGAGGAUCCAGUUUCAGCAAAGGAAGAUGGUUUGUUUGACAUUUUUUAGACUAGUUGGUUGCAACUUGAUAGUAGACAGAACGAACGUUGAGGCCUACCACGUGAACAGUUGUAUGAUGCGAAAUGGAACUUCGAACAUUAGGCUGUCAGCAAACUACCUGUUCUUGGUUGAUUAGAAUAGUUCUUAAACUGAAUAUUUAAUGAAGUUAUUUCCAUCAAUAUAGGACUAGAAGGCUACUGCAAAGAAAAGUCACGGUUUCCAGCUUACUAUACAUAUCACUCUUGGUUUAUGGAGUUUUCAGGUGGGUUACAGUGAACUUCUGGUUUGCCCUGGUGGAUCAGGACCGCUCGGCUCGAACUGCCUGGGCAGAAACACCUGA